AUGCCGACUGAAAAGAAUCCUCUGUUGACUGCAGCUGCUUCGUCUGGUCUCAUCGGUGUUGUUGCUGGAGCUUUUGGUGUACAUUAUCUUCGUGACCGCCUCACCGCUGCGAAGCUAUCUUCAUGGACAAGUGCAGUGCAGUUCAAUCUUAUUCAUUCAGCAGCGCAGCUUGCUGUAAUUGCUCUCUUAAAUCGUGAAGAUCCCCAAACCCCUGCAGCAAAACAUCUUAACCGCGCAUCUCAACUAAUGCUUACUGGGACUGUGCUUUUUUCUGGCUCUAUCUACGCUUUGUGUCUUGGUGUGCUACCCAAGGUUAUGGGUCCUUUGACUCCCAUUGGCGGUAUAUCACUGAUGUUGGGAUGGAUUUCCGCUGCGCUUGCAGGCCUCUGA